UUGAAUGCAUGAGCUCUGUGGUGUAUUUAAACAGUGGCUGGUGGAGGAAGAAACCAUGAACUUAUUGGAAGCUUAAGCGAUAAGAAGCAGAAGAGUUUUUAAAAUUUCCGUGAGGAUUUAAUUUCUAAUAUUUUAUUUAUUCAAAAUUAUUAUCACAUCCCAGAACCUGCUUGUUUGCUGUGAUCAAAAAUGUCUGCAAAAGGAGUCGCUAUUGGAAUUGACCUGGGCACCACUUACUCCUGUGUGGGAGUUUUUCAGCAUGGAAAAGUGGAGAUCAUCGCUAAUGACCAGGGCAACAGAACAACACCAAGCUAUGUUGCCUUCACAGACACAGAGAGGCUCAUUGGAGAUGCAGCUAAAAACCAGGUGGCCAUGAACCCCAGCAACACAGUGUUUGAUGCCAAGAGGCUGAUUGGCAGGAAAUUUGAUGAUCCAGUUGUGCAGUCUGACAUGAAGCAUUGGUCCUUCCAAGUCAUCAGCGAUGGGGGAAAGCCAAAGGUCAAAGUUGAAUACAAAGGAGAAACCAAAUCAUUUAACCCUGAAGAAAUCUCAUCCAUGGUCUUGGUUAAGAUGAAGGAGAUUGCAGAGGCUUACCUGGGACAGAAGGUGACAAAUGCGGUUAUCACAGUUCCUGCCUAUUUCAACGACUCCCAGAGGCAGGCCACUAAAGACGCCGGAGUAAUCGCUGGGCUGAAUGUUCUCCGAAUCAUCAACGAGCCCACGGCUGCAGCCAUCGCCUAUGGGCUGGAUAAAGGCAGAGGUUCAGAGCGUAACGUCCUGAUCUUCGACCUGGGUGGAGGCACAUUUGAUGUGUCCAUCUUGACCAUUGAAGAUGGCAUCUUUGAGGUGAAAUCCACAGCUGGAGACACUCACCUGGGUGGGGAGGACUUUGACAACCGCAUGAUGAAUCACUUUGUAGAAGAGUUCAAGAGGAAACACAAGAAGGACAUCAGUCAGAACAAGAGGGCACUGAGGAGGCUUCGUACAGCUUGCGAGAGAGCCAAGAGAACCCUGUCAUCCAGCUCUCAGGCCAGCAUUGAGAUCGACUCCCUGUAUGAGGGCAUUGACUUCUACACAUCCAUCACCAGAGCAAGAUUUGAAGAGCUGUGCGCAGACCUCUUUAGGGGAACUCUUGAACCUGUGGAGAAAGCCCUGAAAGAUGCCAAAAUGGACAAGUCUCAGAUUAAUGACAUUGUUUUGGUUGGUGGAUCAACCAGAAUCCCUAAGAUCCAGAAACUUCUGCAAGAUUUCUUCAAUGGAAGAGAGCUGAACAAGAGCAUCAACCCAGACGAAGCAGUGGCUUAUGGUGCUGCGGUGCAAGCCGCCAUCCUUAUGGGCGACACUUCUGGAAACGUUCAAGAUCUUUUGCUGCUGGAUGUUGCUCCACUGUCUCUGGGUAUUGAAACAGCAGGAGGAGUCAUGACUGCCCUCAUCAAACGCAACACCACCAUCCCCACCAAACAGACCCAGACCUUUACCACCUACUCAGACAACCAGCCCGGCGUCCUGAUCCAGGUAUAUGAGGGAGAGAGGGCCAUGACCAAAGACAACAACCUGCUGGGGAAGUUUGAGCUGACAGGAAUUCCACCUGCACCACGUGGAGUCCCUCAGAUCGAAGUGACCUUUGACAUCGAUGCCAAUGGAAUCCUAAAUGUGUCAGCUGUGGACAAAAGCACUGGCAAAGAGAACAAGAUCACCAUCACCAAUGACAAGGGCCGACUGAGCAAAGAAGAGAUUGAGAGAAUGGUGCAGGACGCUGACAAAUACAAAGCAGAGGAUGAUCUUCAGAGAGAGAAAAUUACUGCCAAGAACUCACUGGAGUCUUACGCCUUCAACAUGAAAAACAGUGUGGAGGAUGAGAACCUGAAAGGAAAAAUCAGUGAAGAUGACAAGAAGAAAGUUAUUGAGAAAUGCAAAGAGACCAUCACCUGGCUAGAAAACAACCAGUUGGCUGAUAAGGAGGAGUAUGAACAUCAGUUGAAAGAGCUGGAGAAAGUCUGUAACCCAAUCAUUACUAAAUUGUAUCAGGGAGGGAUGCCAGCUGGAGGCUGUGGAGCUCAGGCACGUGCUGCCGGUUCAGGGGCCGGUUCCCAGGGACCAACUAUUGAAGAGGUGGAUUGAGACCAUUUAACACAAUUUAAGUGUUAAAUGUCUGCAAGACCUCAAUUCAGAAAGACUUUUACAGACCAAUGUGGACUGAUUUGUGUACUAGCUAGUUAUGCUAGUGCUAUAAAGAAACUUUUAUAUAUGAUAUUGCUGCUAUUAUACUUAUAUUUUUUUAUUCUCAAAACACUGUUUAAUUGAUAAACUGAAAGAUAUGUAUUGAUAUGUAAUAUAAACAUUGUUAUUGGUUGUGUCUUUCAUGAAUGCUGUUAAUAAAGUCUUUUUAAUUAAAAUAUAAAUUUCCCUUUGUCUCACUUUGUUCAAUUAUGAACAUAUG